CUCCAAGCCCUGGGGGCUCAGCUGAUGCCCGGGCUCUCACUACAGAUCCGCCUAAUUCGACCCACAGAGACCGCCAAUCCAAAACCCGACCCGUUCCAUGCCCUAAACGGCUAAACCUUCGUUGACACGCACUCUCUCUCUCUCUCUGACUCCACUCUUCAAAGCUACUACCCUCUGCAAUCGAACGCUCCUCUGCAACAACGCCACUCUCCAAGGCUUCCAACAGCGCAGACCCUGGUUCAACAAAUGGCCCACAAACCCAUAGAAUCCGAAGCCAGAGACCCUCACGUGCCUGUAACCAGCUCCAUUUCCUCCGGCGAAAACACUGUCUGGGCCGAUGUUACAUCUCUUCUCCAAGCAGCCUCUCAAGGGCUUCAAGAGGGUGAGCUCAUUCAUGGAGAUAAUUUUAAUCUUUUUGCUGCAAUGUCUGCUUUAGAGAUAAUGGACCCAAAGAUGGAUUCUGGUAUUGUUUGUAAAUAUUAUUCUGUUGACGAAGCCAUCGAGAAUGGUGCUGCUCCAGUUCCUCUUAGCUUUGAUAAAACUAUUGAUGUCCAAUGCACUAUUGACAUCAUGGACCAUCUUCUAUCAUGCGAGGCAACAUGGCACAAGGGUCAUUCAUUGGCACAAACUGUCUUUUCAUGCAUCUAUCUUCUGAGGCUUGAUAGAACUUCUUCACAUGCUAUAUUGCAUUCAUAUUGCAGACUCAUACGUGCAACCUGCAAGGCAGUUAUUUCAGUUGUCUCAGACGCAAGAACACAUGAAGAAGAGGAUCUUUUUACAAUGACAUAUGGUCUACCUUUGAAUGGGGAUGGAGAUGGAAAAUGCUUAUCAAUGCUAAAUGCAGUAGAAGAAACAAUCUCUCGCCAAUUGCGUGCUUGUAAAGCCCCAUCAUCUAAAAAAAGGGUGUUGGAAGAUAUAGAGCCGUUACAAACUAAUCUUGAUUUGGAAGAAGGUUAUUGCAAAGCUUUGCUAUGUCGCUUACGCUUUCGUAAGCAUUUUUACCAUGUUCUUAUGUGCAUGCGACGACCUCAAGGAAGAGGUUUGGAGUUAGCAAGAAAGCAUAUUGCCUCCUGCUUAUCAGAGCUAGAAUGCAUUUAUAAAUCAGCUGAAUUCCUUAGGUCUAGUGCAUGUGGAAAUUGUGAAGAUGGUAUAGAAGAUAAAACGACGGCCUCUGGUUGUGAACCAAUUGGAUUUGAUGCAAGUUUAAACAGUAGGUUAUCUGCUCCUACCCCACCACGUGCCAUUAGAAUUCUUAACUGGAAAAAGGCAAUUGAAUACUUCGAGAAACUUCUUCAUCAUUUAGACAUUAUUUGUUCCUAUUCUUUGGACCCCUCGUUAGAAGCUGUUUUGCGCUUUGUGGUGCAAUUCCAGAAGCCUCAGCCUGAUUUGGUUGCAAGAGCUCAUCUCCAGCUUCUUUUGGUUCAAGAUGGAAAACUAUACGGACGAGAUCCUAUCUUUGCUGUGAUUUGUAGAGCUGCAGCAUUGCCUGAAGUUGUGAAGAACCAUGAUAUUCAAAAGAAUGAAUUUGUUGUGCAAUUAGGGCAGUUAGUGAUCAAUUUGCUUAAAAUCCUGUGUACAAAUGCUGCAUGGCAAAGGCGUAAGCUUGGGAAAAUUUUACAAGAUUGGCGUGUUAUCUAUGUACAGUUAGAACUAGCUUUCAAAACGGAGUUUGGAGAAAUGUCAAGCAUUACAAAUGAAGAGAAUGUGUGCGUAAAAUUAUCCAAACACAUCCUCAUUUGGGUAGAGGAGCAAACAUAUUGGAUAGCUUCUCGUUUUCUCAUGUUGGGGUUUGAACUGGAACUGUAUUCCCCCAGUGAAUAUUGCAUGGUAUACUGGUAUAUUUAUGUGGUCUUGAUCAAGCUUGCAGAGAAACAUCAUCUUAAGAUGGUGAUGAGCAAUGACACUGGUAAACGGAAAGGGAAGAAAAAGAGGGAUUCCCCAAAAGAUGUGGCGAGGGAUUACCAGAUCCCACCUGCUGUCUUGUUUCUCCAGUGCCAUAUAUCUCUUGCUGAAGGGCUCACAAUGUUGCUUGCUGCUCUGAGGAAUGAAAACAGGGUUUUUCAAAGUUUGGGCCCUUUUAAUACCGAGCAUGAGAUAUUCAUUCAACACUUUGAGCUUCUACAGCAAGCCUGCAUUCCUGAUCACAUUUCAUACCUCUCAUUCAAGGAUACUACAGCCUAUGCUCAAUUCUCUACCCUAGUCAUGUACAAUUACUUCAAAGAUGCUCUGAGGCUUGCAAAGGAGCUUAGAAGUAGUUUCUCCAAUGACCCAGACAGAAUGGCUGAACUCCGAAAGAUAGAGCAGGUUGCAGAACACAAUGGCAUAGCUCUAAACGUCAUCUGCCGGGUAGGAGCCCUCGACCCAUCCCUGAAAGUCUCCUUUGAGUUCAACCACCAUCCUUACUUUGCUACCGCCGUUGUGAGGAGGUCUUGAAGGUGCUUUUUCAUCAUCUCCCAUCAAUUUUGAAAACCCUUAUAGGUUCCCAAAGCAUUUGUAACAUUCUAUUUUUAUCCGAUUAAUUUUCCCAAGUUAUUUAUUGAAUGAAUUUGUAAUUCGCAGAGGAAGAAAUAAGCAAUGUUGUUGAUGUGAACUCAGAAUCAUUUAUUGAGAAAGAAUAUAUUAAAAACUGAGUUAUAGAGAAAGCUGAAGAACCCUAGGGCCAUUC